ACAUUAUAUGGCUGUUCUUUCAGCCUCAGUAUGUGCAGAACACAUCGAAAGGCAGAUCUUAAGAAUGAGAUUCAGUGCCUUAGGUAUUUCUUUUUCUGUGAAACUGUUGGAUCACAUUUUGACUCGUUUUUCAAAGUUUUUCCCACAUUAAAAAUUUCCAAGAAUUAUGGCCAUGAAGGAUGCAAAGGUACAAAUGAAUACCACAAAGUAAAUGUCUUUUUCAGAAAGUGUAUGCCUAGUAAGUUUUGUUGAAGUCCAAAGUGACCUGGUGGGUUCCGAGGUUGAGGCGGGUGUCGAUGUUGGCACACACUCACUCACAGGAGCGCACCGGGACGGGCUGGCUGGCACAGGCAGGGACGAUGGCAUCCCACGGCAGGGACACCCGGAGACAGGGAGGGGUCGAGAACAGAGCAGCACAACCGCACAGUGUCACGGCUGCUCCUGUUUUACGCUUAUAGUGGAAAAACAUCUUCGUACCCACCACUGUGAAAAGAUUGAAAAGUAAGAGAUUGCCAUGAUUUUCGCUCUUGGGAAUGCUGAGACAGGAAAGCUGAGAGUUCAUAGAGAGCGUUGCAGCACAUGGUUGUAAAGCACUGAGCUUCCGCGAAACAUAACCAGCUCCCCGAACUGUGGGUGAGUCCACAGAGCUGCACAGGUGGCCGUGAGCCUGCCCGGGGCCAGGCGGAAGCGGUGUCCCGGUGUCCCGGGUGUCCCGGUUGUCCCGGGUGUCCCGGUGUCCCGGUGUCCCGGGACGGAGCGCUCGGCACCCGCCCGCUGUCGCUGUCGCUGUCCCCGGCCCCGCCCGCGCCCCGCGGCGGCGGCGCGGCCCCUUUAAAAGGGGGCGGGGCCGCCCAAAGUUUGCCCAAGUUGCGGCGCGGGCCGGCGGCGCGCGGGUCGCGGCCCGGCCAUGGCGCCCCCCGGCCGGUAGCGCCGCCAUGGACUCGCUGACCGCGCUCACCGGCAAGGGCGGCCGCCUGCUCCGCGGCACCGCCAGCCGCCUCUGGGGCGCCGUGCCCGGCGGUCUCCGCCACGGCCGCUGCCAGGAUGGCCGGAGCCGCGGGGAGCCGGGCCCCGUCAAGCCGACGCCAGAUGCUGGCCAGAAGAAGACCCCUGACAAGAAAGAUGGGCGACGAAUGUCUUUUCAAAAACCUAGAGGGACUCUUGAAUAUUCUGUGGAAUCGAGAGAUACUUUAAACAGUAUUGCCUUGAAAUUUGAUACAACACCCAAUGAACUGGUUCAAUUAAAUAAACUUUUCUCCAGAGCAGUCGUUCCUGGACAGAUUUUGUAUGUUCCUGACCCAGACUACAUUUCUAGUGUGGACAGCUCCCCCUCUCUAAGUCCUGUAAGUCCCCUAUCACCUACAUCUUCCGAAGCAGAGCUUGACAAGGCUACAGUAAAUGAUUCAGAUGGAGCCCAACAGAAGGAGCCAGCUGUUUCACCAGCACAUGCAUGUGUUCGUCCUUCAAGAGUGGUAUCAUCCACCUCCGAGGAGGAGGAAGCAUUUACAGAGAAAUUUCUAAAAAUUAAUUGCAAGUACAUCACUAAUGGCAAGGGUACGGUCAAUGGUGUGCUGCUAGUGACGCCAAAUAAUAUAAUGUUUGAUCCUCAUAAAAUGGAUCCUCUGGUCCAAGAGAAUGGCUGUGAAGAAUAUGGCAUCAUGUGUCCAAUGGAAGAAGUGAUGUCAGCUGCUCUGUAUAAGGAAAUUGUGGACAGCAAAAUUAAGGAGUCAUUAAGCAUAGAUGUAGAUCAGCUGUCAGUAAGGGAACUUGGCCAUUCCAAGAAAGCUGCAAAGAGCAAUACAGAUGAUGCAGAUUCCAGAGUUCGGGACACAGGCAAUGACAGUGCCAGUACUGCUCCAAGAAGCACAGAGGAGUCUCUUUCAGAAGAUGUAUUCACAGAAUCGGAACUCUCUCCAAUACGUGAGGAACUUGUUUCCUCAGAUGAGCUUCGACAAGAUAAAUCUUCUGGAGCAUCAUCAGAAUCUGUCCAAACAAUAAACCAGACUAGUGCUGAAUGUUUAACAGUCAUUUCAGACUCAAAUGAAGCUGCCAGUGACUUAAAGCCCAGUGCCGAAGUGGUUGUAGGUGUUAAACAGUUUGGUACCCACUUAAGUUCAGAAAGUGCUAAAAUGUCUGUAAAGGGGGGACAAGAACCUGGUGAAAAUACUGUGGAUGUCCUCCAGGAGUCUUUGCAAAAAUCACAGGGUAGUGAGGAGUACAGCAAGGAGGCAGAAGUGGGCAAGGAUCAGGGUUCCUCCUCACUAGGAAAAAAAGCAGAUAAUGAGAUGGAAGAGGAGUGUCCAGGUUGUGAAGAUGCUGCAGACUCACAAAAGAAAGAGACACCUAGCAAAGGAAAAGCAGUGGGAGAGCAAGGUCAAGACUCAGAGGCAGAAGUUGAAGAACUCCGCAAGCUCUGGAAGACCCACACUAUGCAACAAACAAAACAACAAAGAGAAAACAUGCACCAGGAUUCACAAAAAGAAAUCAGUCAGAAAGCUGUAUCUGCAGGAGAUGGGCGGUUGGAAGGUUCUUCUGUUAUGAAAGAAAAGAGACGACAUCGGUCUCACAAGUUUCUGUGUCUCAGGGUUGGAAAACCCAUGAGAAAAACGUUUGUUUCUCAUGCAAGUGCGACAAUGCAGCAGUAUGCACAAAGGGACAAAAAACAUGAGUACUGGUUUGCUGUUCCACAAGAAAGGACAGAUCACUUGUAUGUCUUCUUUAUCCAGUGGAGUCCAGAAAUAUAUGCAGAAGAUACUGGGGAAUCUCUUCGGGAACCUGGGUUUAUAGUGGUAAAAAAGAAGGAAGAGCCUGAACCUAGUGAAGAAUCAAGUACUGAAGACGCUGCUAAAGAAUGGGAGAUAACAACAAGAGAAGAUACCAAUUCAAAACAGGCAACAAAUAUCAAAACAGACCUGGAGCCUGAAGCAUUCCGGCCAAAUCUUAGUGAUCCUAGUGAAUUACUACAGCCAGAACAAAUUGAAAAGCUCACAAAGUCUCUUCCACCACGGACUAUUGGCUAUCCAUGGACUCUUGUCUACAGUACUGCAAAGCAUGGCAUGAGCUUGAAGACCUUGUAUCGGACAAUGACAGGAUUAGACACACCCGUGCUGUUGGUUAUCAAAGACAGUGAUGGACAGGUUUUUGGUGCACUAGCAUCUGAGCCGUUUAAAGUAAGCGAUGGCUUUUAUGGCACUGGAGAGACCUUUAUGUUCACUUUUUCUCCAGAUUUUGAGGUUUUUAAAUGGACAGGAGACAACAUGUUCUUCAUUAAAGGAGACAUGGAUUCUCUUGCUUUUGGUGGAGGAGGAGGAGAGUUUGCUCUUUGGCUUGAUGGUGAUCUCUACCAUGGAAGAAGUCAUUCAUGUAAAACAUUUGGGAAUCACACACUUUCUAAGCGAGAAGACUUCACUAUUCAAGACAUAGAAAUAUGGGCUUUUGAAUAAGUAUUUCACUAUUUCUACAGAUUAUUGUCCCAAACCUGACAUGAAUCAGUGCAGCUUAAAAAUCCCUAGGAGCAAUAUAAUGUAUUUUACUUAUCUGUUUUGGGGGGUUUUUUUCUAAUUUUUCAGUGUGGCCAUUAGUUAUUUUUUUUAAAUAGCAGAUUUUUUUUUCAUGCUUUUGCAUCUGUAAUAUACUGUCAAACCUUUUCUAAGCUGUAGACUCUUUUACAAAACAUCGACCUUGUGGACUAAAAAUUAACAUUAGUUACUUUGAGCCUUGUGGCCUGCAAAAUUUUCUUAUCCAUAUUACAGUUGCCUCCCAGAUUUCCCACACACACCUUUCCUGCAAUCUGCUAGGGGGCUGCUUCAUUGAAUAUAGCUUAUUAUUUUUGUAUUCAAAUUAUGUCUAUGAAUGAAGUUGCCCUCUGUGAACCUCUAAGAAAGCUGCGUGUGGGUAUUUGGCAGCAGCACUGCAGAGAUUGGUCCAGACCAAUGGUAGGUUAUUCACGUAGUGCCACAAAUGGAUGAGAAGCUGAGCAUUCCUUCUUAACACAACCCAGCACACACGUGGUGGAGUUAGAAGAUAUCCAAAGUCAACAGUGCCACUUGUCUUGUUUCUUGUUCAUGUGUAGAAAAAAGUCAGUUACUACGUGUUGUAGCUGCAUGCUGAUUGUAUUUAAAGAGUGUUUUGCACAUGCUGUUAAUGAUCUGCAGGUUUGGGACAAAUACUGAAAAUAUUGAGCUAAGUGGCAAAGACUUACAAAAUAGCAAGAGAAUGUAAGAAUAUGAUGGUUCUGAAAAAUUAAAAGGCUAAAGCAAGCAAAUCUCAGUGAACAAUUUGUAGCUAUAGUAGGGCAUUAAAAGUACAGAAACAGAUGCAUCUUUCUUCAACAUAAAGUGUCAGAUAUAUACUGUUAUACUGUUGUAGCCGUGUAGCACAUCAGCUCCAAGAAUAUAGCUUAUUCCUGUCCAAAGAAAAAAAUACUUGUGAUGUUUUUGAGUGGGGGUCUAUGUUGUAAAUUUACAAUUAGCACCAGCUCUGAUUAAAAUGACAUCAUGUAUCAUAGGUAGACAAUAUUGUAAUUCAGUAGACUUGUGGAAUAUGCAAACUUACUGUCAUGUGACCUCAAAAAAUAAAUGACAGGCUAGAAUACAGUUCCAGUAGCUCUUGUUCACUUUUGUAGAAAACUUGAUAAGCCAUUGUGGCAAUAACAGCUCAACAAAACUGUUUGUUUCAAAGCUUUUAUUCUAUGUUCUGCAAAAAAACAAAACAAAACAAAAAAAGAACAAAAAAAUUGCUGUUAAGUGUGACAGUGACUGACUUUGUGCUGAAAUUUCAGCUAUUUCAGACAAACAUUGUAUAUUAUCUUGUAAAUUAAUGUUUAAAGUAGUUUUGUUAUUAUAGAAAAGUGUUGAUUGACGGGUUGCUUAUAGCACUUUAAAUUAUUCUAGAAAUGGAAUAAAAGCCAAAUGGGUUGGCUUACGUAGAUGUAGUUGUAUAUUUCAAAAUAUUUACAUUUCUGGAAAGUAAAAAAAGAAAAAACUUAUUUGAAGACAGCUUACUGCUAUGGUAACAAGAAAGGGCAGAUGUUUCAUCUAUAAUAUGCUAAUGCUCAAUAUGAAUAGAAAAACAGGGCUUUGUUUCCUGUCUCUGUGUAUAUCUCUUUAUCCUUAUUAGAACUUAGUACAAUGUGUAGAGUAAGUGUUUACAAAAUAAGGAACUGUAAAUAAAUUGAAAUGGCUUUUCUCCCCUUUGGUCUUCCACAGCAGUAUUAUUGUCUUUGUGGAGUUACAACUGAUUAUUACAACAACAACAAAAAAAUCCUGUAAUGGAUUUCAAGUACUAUAAGCUCACAGUGAUGUAUAGCAAAUAAAUCUAAAUAUAUGUAAAAAUAAAAUUGAGUUGGAGUUUAUUUAGAAGGUGGAGUUUAUGUAGAAGCACAAUGCCUUUUUUUGCUGUUCAUUUAACAACUGAUUGUAUAGGAUGCAUUUUCUCAUCUUUUUUGGCAUUUCUGGGGCUUUCUAAAACCCAGUGUGAACCAAUGGGAAUGAAAUACAUUGUCUUCAACCAUUUUGAAGAGGGAGAGGGGAAAAGAAAAGUCUCAGAUCAUCCUUGCUGGCGAAACCAUUAAUUUAACUGCGUGGUCUCACUAUCCUAAUGCUAUAUUACAAAUAAAGCAUAUUUUAGUUUUUUA